ACGUUAGUCAACACUGUUACGCUUGCCCAACACUAGGCAAAUUAAAGAUAAAAUUAAAUAGCCAGAAAUACGCGUGUGUGACGUGCUAAUAGUUAAAUAGUUGCGCUUGCGAUUGUAAUAGCCUAAAUAGACAACAUUUUAAGCAAGAGCUUGGUGCAAUAAAAAUACGAACAGCGUUUGCAAAGUGCAGAAUAACACACACAUACAUUAGAAACAAAUUUUCAAGCUACGGCUACGGCUACGGCUACUGGCUACAGCACAAGCCACUGCCCCCGCCCCCGUUGUCGUCGUCGUGUGUCUGCCUUUAGCGUUGCGUCUCCCGUAUGUAAAUUGUAACCCGAUGGACGACGAAGGCGACCCAAACAGAUGAUAUUCACGCUGAGAAAAAAAACAAAAACAGCAACUACAAAGCGCAGCAAAAACAGCAGCCGCAGCAGCAGCAAACAUUGACCCAGAGGCAGGUGACGUUAGAAGACUUCGAUUGACUGGAUUCGUCGGGUCGUCGCAAUUGCUGCAGUUGCUUUUGCACUGGCAUUUGAAGUGGAGGCAGACCCAUCUGGUAGAUAGAGCAAGCAAGCAAGUCCAAUGUCAAAUAAAAUCAAUCCAAAACGCCGUGAACCGACAGCAGCAGCAGCAGUAGCAGCAGCCACGGCAGUGGUGGCCACCAACACGAGCAGCUCGACCGGCUCCAGUGCUGGGAAUACAUCAUCAGCAAACACAUCGUCCUCAUCCAGCUCUUCACUGUCGUCCGCCGGUGGCGGUGAUGCAGGCAUGUCCGCCGAUCUGACAUCACUGUUCGAAUGUCCCGUUUGCUUCGAUUAUGUGCUGCCACCGAUAUUGCAAUGCUCGAGUGGGCAUUUGGUCUGCGUAUCGUGCCGAUCAAAGCUCACAUGCUGCCCCACAUGCCGUGGCCCGUUGGCCAACAUACGCAAUCUGGCCAUGGAAAAGGUCGCCUCCAAUGUGAAAUUUCCGUGCAAACAUUCGGGCUACGGCUGCACAGCCUCACUCGUUUAUACAGAGAAGACCGAGCACGAGGAGACCUGCGAAUGCCGGCCAUACCUUUGUCCCUGUCCGGGCGCCUCAUGUAAAUGGCAGGGACCGCUCGAUCUAGUCAUGCAGCAUCUGAUGAUGUCCCACAAGAGCAUUACCACGCUGCAGGGCGAAGAUAUUGUAUUUCUGGCCACCGAUAUCAAUCUGCCCGGCGCCGUCGACUGGGUUAUGAUGCAGUCCUGCUUCGGCCAUCAUUUCAUGCUCGUGCUGGAGAAGCAAGAGAAAUAUGAUGGACAUCAACAGUUCUUUGCCAUCGUCCAACUGAUUGGCUCGCGGAAGGAGGCUGAGAACUUUGUCUAUCGACUGGAAUUAAAUGGCAAUCGACGCCGCCUCACCUGGGAGGCAAUGCCGCGUUCCAUACACGAAGGUGUUGCCUCUGCUAUACACAAUUCGGAUUGUCUGGUGUUUGAUACAUCGAUUGCGCAACUGUUUGCCGAGAAUGGGAAUCUGGGCAUCAAUGUAACCAUAUCUCUCGUCUAAGAUGUGUGGCGUCUGUUGGGUACUAGAGUAACUAAGAUGAAUGAAUAUGGAAUAUGAAUCGUUUCUAAAACGAUUAUUAACUCGAUAUAAUUAUACAAGAACAUGUUAUGUAUGUGCGACAUCAUUGGUACAUCAUCAGUUUACAUCAUGUCAUGUAUGUACGUAUGUAUGUAUGUAUGUAUGUAGUAAGGUCGGUUAGGUCAGGUCAGGUCUGUCUGUUUCAGUGUCAGUCUCUUAAUUGCUAGAUUCUAGGGUAUUCUUUUUUCCAAAAACAAAAAAGGAAGAAAGAGUGAAACAAAAGAAAGAAAACACAAACACACACAUUUAAA